GGCUAGGCUGUCAGGAUGUGACCAGUGUCAGUUCCUCGGGGCACAGGCCUGCCGGGAGAGUCAGCCGAGGAUUAUCCCCAUUUCCUCCGUACUUUUCUCCUGCUCGUAUUCCCAGGCUGUCGCUGGACCAAUAACUGGCGGCAACCCAGCAGGCGACUGCGGGGAAUUGACCUGUCAGUUGGCGCACCGGGGCUGCCUGGACGCCAUCCGACGCUAUGGCUGCAGAUCGCGGUGCCUCUCCACUUGUCCCGCCAAUGACACUCGCAGUUACACUCAACCGCGCCAGCCAAGGGCCAUAGCGUCGCGAUAGUCAUUGGCUUUGGCUGGUCCCUGCGGCGAGGGCCGAGUGUGACGAGUAUAAUAGCUCGGCCCUCCUUCUCCCAGCGGCAGACCCCGGUCCAAUAUCUCUUGACCCUGGUUCAUACCAUUCCGCAUCAACCGGGUACCCAUGGCCACUUUUCAGCCCAGUCUGGAUCACAUCCAGCAAUCUCUGGCCGAGGUGACGGCCGCUGUCGACCAGUAUCGCGCCCAAGUCUCCUCCCAUACCAGCCAAGAUGCUCGAUAUCAGUUGAUGGUCCAGGCCACCCGGCUGGUGCACGCCAUCCGAGGCCCGGCCGACCUGGUCUUUGCCAACUUUGAGAACAUGGUCGGAAUGGGCGCGAUCCGCACACUAUUGGAGGCCGGAGUAUUCGACGCCAUCCCGACCGGGGGCCAGAGCAUCUCGGCCGCCGAGAUCACGGCCAAAACCGGUGUUGAUAAGGAGAUCAUCGUGCGCCUCAUGCGAGCCCUAACCCCCGUGGGGCCCUUCCGCGAGACGGGCGAGGAGCAGUACGCCCACACCCCCGAGUCGGAGAUCCUGCUGGCUCCUCAGAUGCGAGCGGUGUUUGGUCUAAUGAUUGACGAAUACUCGCCUGCCAUGCUGCGGACUCAUGAGUUCUUACGGCAGCAGAACUGGCAGCAUCGUAUCGGGCUGCGCAGCAACCCCUAUACCCUGGUGCAUGGUUGUGAAGGUCAGACCAUGUUCGAGCACAUCUCGCAGGAUCCGGUGCGAGUCAGCCGACUGAACGACGCCAUGGUGGCCGAGGACACCCUUCUGGCGGAGAUCGGGCUGUACCCCUUUGUAGAGACGCUGGGACCUCUGGCCCAGCCCGACAGGGCCACCGUGGUGGAUGUCGGUGGGGGGCGGGGACACAUUCUGCGCCAGCUGAAGCAGAACCUGGCGGGGCUCCCGGGGCGAUACAUUCUGCAAGAUCGCGAGAUGGUAAUUGCAGACAAUGGGUCUGAGAUGGAGACUGAUGGCAUCGAGCCGAUGGCGCAUGACUUUUUUGAGGCUCAGCCGGUGAAGGGAGCCCUCGUGUACUUCGUCCGUCGGGUCCUCCACGACUGGCCUGAUGAGGAGGUCCGCCAGAUCCUCGAGCAUCUAGCGGGGGCCAUGGACCGGGACAAAUCGCGCAUCCUCAUCACCGAGACCAUCAUCCCAGAAGUGGGCGCCACGACGACUAAUGCCUACAUGGAUCUGACGAUGAUGACCUUUGGGGGACGUGAGCGAACGGUCAAGGACUUUGCCCAUCUGUUUGACCUGGUGGGUCUGAAGCUGGCUAAUGUGUACCAGGCGCCGGGGGUGCCGAUGGUAGUGGUGGAAGCCCGGUUAAAGUGAUGGGUCGCUUGGACUGUUCAAUAGUACAUGGA